UAUACGAAAAAAUUCCGAAUGUGGUUGCAAGUGAAUCAGGGGAAAGUGUCUGACUUUUCACGCGUCAAUUGUUUCUUCAGUAAUAACACUAGUAGCAUAGGACCCCCGAUAUUAGAUAACACCACGUGCACCGUAGUUUCGGGAAAGUCCCGGGCGAUGGUGGAAAGCCAGGCAAUGAACGAUUACCUGUCGGUCUUGCUGAUUGCGAUGUGUUUGUUCCUGUCUAGUGUGGUAAUAAUGUGCGGAGCCUUCUAUUACCGCAGGGAACUGAGAGUUUGGAUUUAUUCCCGGUGUGGGUUACGAAUGUGCUACAAAACGACCUCGUUCGAAGAGCAACAAGACAAAGACAGACUCUUCGACGCGUACGUAUGUUACAGCGUGAAAGACGAGGCGUUUGUUCAUCAAGUGUUGGCUCAGGGUCUCGAAGGGGGUGAGCCCAAUUACAGGCUGUGUCUGCACUAUCGCGACUUCAACGUGUCCACGUACGUUGCGGACACUAUCAUAGAAGCGGUCGAGUCCUCGAGACGGACUAUCCUGGUGCUGUCAAAGAACUUUUUGUACAACGAAUGGUGCCGUUUCGAAUUCAAAUCCGCGCUCAACGAGGUGCUAAAAGACCGAAGACGAAGACUGAUAUUCAUAGUGACCGGCGAGAUACCGCAGAGGGAUCUCGAUCCGGAUCUUCGCCUGUAUAUUAAGACGAACAUUGUGAUAGAAUGGGGAGACAGACAGUUUUGGCAAAAGCUCCAGUUCGAGAUGCCGGACGUGAAACGAUCGUGUGUACAUCAACGGUCGGCGGUCAAUAUUUACGCAACAAACACUCCGAUGCAUCUGGAGAGAUCGAGGAGUCCGGCACUUCCGCCACCUCCGCCUCCUGGUAAAUUGCCGCCGUUCCUACAAAACCCGCCCAGUUUACCUAGGAAUUCGAGACCGUUACCGCAUCCCUUGUGGGCAUAGCGAUUAUUAAAU